UGCCAUCCAUGUUAGUCUUAACCUUAACCUAUCUAUGAUUUUUAAUUUACACUAUUGAAGUUUGAUGUUUUGUUGUUGUGCUUAACGUUUCGAAAAUUUUAAUUUGGAUCUGUUUUGGUCGAAGAAUAUAGAGCAAAUGCCCUAGAAAUUGACAGGACUUUUUUUCUAACUGUUUUGAAGAAAUCGAGAUGAGCCGCCGAAGGGCUCAUGACGAGGAUGAUGGUUAUGAACGGGCAUAUAGAAAAAGAAGACGUGUUUCUGAAAACCAGGAAAUAGAAGAUAGGUUGGAGUCCCUCAUCCUCAGAGUUGGAGAGAAGAGCACAUCUUCACUCGAGAGCAACUUGGAGGGCUUGGCCAGUGUGCUGGAGGCUGACAUUGCCACAUUCCGCACUAAGAUCCUACGCAUUUUGAGCGACUGUGCUGUACGGAUGCCGGAGAAGUGCACCAUUUACACCACGUUGGUGGGAUUGCUCAAUGCCAAGAACUACAACUUUGGGGGCGAGUUUGUGGAGCACAUGGUGCGCAGCUUGAAGGAGGCCUUGAAGAGUUGCAAGUGGGAUGCAGCUCGUUAUCUGCUGCGCUUUUUGGCUGACCUUGUUAACUGCCACGUCAUCUCUGCUGGGUCUCUGCUGCAGCUUCUUGACAACUUGAUAGAUGCAGCUAAGGAGGAUGCUGUGCCACAGGUGAGGAAGGACUGGUAUGUGUUUGCCGUGCUAGCCACGCUACCGUGGGUGGGCCGCGAGCUCUACGAGAAGAAAGAGCAGGCUCUAGAACUGCUUCUAGUGUCCAUUGAGGUGUUUCUGGGCAAGCGUGGGAAGAAACAUCAUGGUGCGCUGCGCGUAUGGGCAUGCGACACACCACACCCCCAGGAGGAGUACUUGGACUGCCUGUGGGCACAGAUCUGCAAGCUGCGACAAGACAACUGGGCAGAGAAGCACAUUCCUCGCCCCUAUCUUGCCUUCGACAGCAUCCUGUGUGAGGCACUACAACACAACCUGCCUGUCAUUCUGCCCCCUCCACACCACGAUACCUAUGGCUACCCCAUGCCUCACGUCGUGUUCCGCAUGUUUGACUACACUGACUGCCCAGAGGGCCCGUUCCUGCCCGGCGCUCACUCAAUAGAGAGGUUCCUUAUAGAGGAGCAUCUCCACCAGAUCAUAGAGAUGCAUCAUCUGGAGAGGAAGGAUUGUGCGGCACACCUGCUCAACUUCCCCUACAAGACCAAGAUACCUCUAGACUAUGCCAUAGUAGAGGUUAUAUUCGCACAACUGUUCCACAUGCCAACACCUGCCCACCUGGAGAUAGUGUAUGGCUCAGUGCUCAUUGAGCUGUGCAAGCUACAGCCCAGCACCAUGCCACAGGUGCUAGCCCAGGCAACGGAAAUACUUUUCAUGAGAAUCGACGCCAUGAACGUUGCUUGCUUUGAUAGGUUUGUUAACUGGUUUUCAUAUCAUCUAAGCAACUUCCAAUUUCGAUGGAGCUGGGAGGACUGGGAGGAAUGCCUGCAGCUAGACCCUGAACACCCGCGCCCUAAGUUCGUGCGUGAGGUGCUACUCAAGUGCCUGCGGCUGUCGUACCACCAGCGCAUCAAAGAGAUGAUGCCGGCAUCUUACCAGGCGCUGCUGCCACCCAAGCCGGAACCAUGCUUCAAGUAUGCCGAGGAGGGCGCUGGCUCUCUGCCCGGCACCACGGUGGCACACCAGCUGGUCAUGGCUAUCCGAAAGCGCUGCACCCCAGAGGAGGUUCUUAACGUUUUGAAGGAGCUGCCGCAGCCUGGCCACGAUGACGAUGCCGACUCUCGUUUUAAUCCUCUCAAGAUUGACGUUUUCGUGCAGACGCUGCUCAAUCUUGGCUCCAAGAGUUUUUCACACUCCUUUGCAGCCAUCUCCAAGUUUCACUAUGUGUUUAAAAUCCUGGCAGAGUCUGAGGAAGCCCAGAUGUGCAUUCUGCGAAACAUGUUUGAGCUGUGGCGCAACCAUCAGCAGAUGAUGUGCGUGCUAAUUGACAAGAUGCUUAAGACUCAAAUCAUAGAGUGCUCUGCGGUCGCUAACUGGAUAUUUGCCAAGGAGAUGGCUGGAGAGUUUACAAAGCUGUACAUCUGGGAGGUGCUGCAUCUCACCAUCCGCAAGAUGAACAAGCACGUGGAGCGGCUGGCGCGCGAGCUGGGCGAGGCCCGCGAGCGGCUGCGGCGAGCGGAGAGCGACAGCGACGACAGCGACGAGGCUGCCCAGGAGGCGGGCGAGCGCGAGCGCCCCAGCGAGGAGGCCGUGGAGCGCAUGGAGGAGCGUCUGGAGGGCGCCCAGGCCGACCAAAAGAACCUCUUCCUCAUCAUCUUCCAGCGCUUCAUAAUGAUCCUGUCGGAGCACCUGGUGCGCUGCGACACGGACGGCCGAGACUUCCGCACCCACUGGUACCGGUGGACUGUCGGCCGGCUGCAGCAGGUCUUUCUGCUGCACCACGAGCAAGUGCAAAAGUACUCUGCUACUCUGGAGACAUUGCUGUUCACACAAGACUUGGACCCUCACAUCCUGGAAGUGUUUCAACAGUUCACGUCACUAAGGGCGUAAAGAAGUGAUGCUGAAUAAGACGGGAAUCUGUGGCUCCAGACUAAGACCCAUUUCACCUGUGCUUUUUAGACUACAGCAAAGAACUGUCCGCAGUUUGCUAAACAGAGAGUUCUUCGAAUACCACACAUAAUGCUGUAUGUGACUAAUUAUGGUUGUGUGUAUUUAUUUUACAUAUUUAAUUUGCAGUUUUAAGUUAACAUGAUCUUAUAUAAAUUGAGUGUGGUGUUUUUGUACACACCACAGGUUUGUUUCUUUCUGUUCGAUGGCGACACACUGUAUCAAUCUUGUAGGGUGAAAUACAUUUCUACUAUUGAUUCCAUAUA